AUGACAUCGAUUAUAUCAACUCUAAAGCAUCCGUUUUUGAUAACAACAGUAUCCUGUGAAAACGACAUAUUUUCUGAAUUCCUGAAAAGUUCUCAUUUAGAAGACUCUAUUGAUAAUACUGAAAACUGUGGAAAUCCAUCCGAUGAAAUCGCCACCCGAAUUCUAUUUCAAUCGUUACCAUUUGCAUUGCUGAAAGCAGUGACCAUAAAUAGUUUAGAGCACUACCAACAGCCAACAUCACCUUUUGAAAUUAAAAAAGAUAUCGAACAACUGAAAGCAGAACAAAAUUCUACUGCUGCAAUAAUUAUACUUGUUCUUGAAGAAAAUCGAAAUAACGAUAAGCCUUAUCCAUUAGCUGAUAGGAUAGAAGAUGGAACACGAAACUGUGACAUCUUUGAUACUUCCAUUCUGAAUCUCGAUCCUUAA